AUGGUGGCAAGUGUGAACCUUGGAGGUAUUUUUAUGAUCUCUUUGCUUACCCGAGCAAUCUGUGCUCGAGGAUGGUCCGUAGACACUGGAGCUAUUGUGCAUGUUUGUGGGCAACGAGAGAACUUCCGCACUUACCGUCCAAUGCCACCAGGAAUGUUAGUUGUCUAUGUUGAUGGUCACAUAGCUGAAGUUCAAGGAAUAGGUGAUGCUUGUAUGAAGUUCACUCGUGAUGAGUGGGUUACCCUUCGAGAUGUUCUUAAUGUUCCUACUAUCCCGAAGGGGUUGGUUUCUGCGGACAAGUUUGAAAAGGGUGGGUUCAAGAUGGUGCUUGAGAAUGGAAAAAUUGUGAUCACUAAGGGCGGAAGAUAUGUUGGGAGGGAGAAAAAUUGUUCUAGGAUGUAUCAUGUGGAAUUCUUUGAGGACAAGUUUUCUAGGGAUGAUGAAAACUCCAGUCAUAUGACAUCUUCAAGUACUUCUCAAGAAACACUGCCACCUCCUCCUAUAGUGGAGGAACCUAAGAGAAGUACUAGGGCUAGAAUAGAGAAAAGUUUUGGAGGCGAUUUCAAUUCUUAUUUGGUCAAAGGAACACAAAAGAAAGUGACAAUAAAGGUCAUAUUCGCCAUUAACUUGGAUGAUGAUACUAAGACCUUUAUUGAAGCCAUGACGUCUAGAGAUGCUCAUUUGUGGGAGGAAGUCAUCAAUGAUGAAAUUGACUCAAUUAUGGGUAAUGGAACUUGGGAGUACGUUGAUCUAUCCUAA